AUGGCUAUCAAGAAAACAAAGCAAAGUGAAAUGUCACAGGCUCAAGAGGAGGAAAUGAGUUCAGCACUCAUUGCGCAACUAUUGGCAGAAGAUGCAAUGGCAGCUGGUGGAGAAGAUUACUACGCUGAAUAUAGCAACGACGCCACAUCAUAUCAGCAGUUUCAUCGUGAAGACCGCGACGGUAGCUAUGCUGAAGACAGCGAAGAUGAUUCCUACGCCCCAAAACGCAACAAUUCAAAAAACAAAGGCAAAGGACGUGGAAAAGCCAAAUCGACCAAGGCAGAAACAGCAGCUCGGCGUGGACGCAAGAGAAAAAGUGAACCAGAAGCAUUUGAUCUCACCAAUAAAUCCUUGCCUGCUCCAAAGGCAGAAACAGCAGCAACAACAGAAGCAACAGCAGAACCAAAAAACAUAACAGAUACUUCUACCAAACCCGAUGAUAUCAACAAUGAUCCUACAAAGAAAAUUAAUGAGAUUGUCACCGAAGCCACUGCAGGUCCCAGAUCUGGAUCUCCGACAGAAGACUUGACAUCCGGAAAACAACUUUCCAAGAAACCUCGACGUCCUGUACCCGAAGGAUUUAAUUCUGGUGUGUAUUCAGAGGAGGAAGAGCGACGCUUUGUCGAAGGAUUGGAAUUGUUUGGACGCGAAUGGAUAAAGGUUGCUGCCCACAUCGCCACCCGAGAUGCCAAUUCGAUUCGUAGUCACGCCCAGAAGCAUCUAAUCAAGCUAUUUCGAGACAAUAUUCCUUUACCUGCAAAAGUGAGAUUGACAGGUGAAGGCUAUACACUUUCUGGUAAACCUCUGGACCCAAAUUCAUCAGCUGCCAAACCCUAUUUGAUUCGUAAUAGCAUGGGCGACAACGAGAGCCCCGCAAAGCCGGUUCCAACCCAAACUAAAGUAGAGAUGAUGGAUGUGGACACUACUGAUCCCACCAACAUAGAAAAUAAACCUGUGCUACAGCCAAGCACAAAGCCAGAAAACACCAAAAAAGUACCAAAAUCCGAGAAGCCCACGAGUUCAACAUUGACUUCUACAAAGGCACCAGUAGAACGAGUACCACCAUCACCGACAGUGUCCAGUUUAACAGAAAUUCAUACUAAUGAGCCAAAAGAAUCAUUCGAACGCCGAGUGAGGAUUCCUUCAGCAUACGACAAAAACGGACGAACGACGUAUUCCAAGUCUCGGCUACGACAACCCAGCGAUCGAAAUUCUGUGACUUAUAGCCAAUUGAACAAAGACGACGACCCGUUGACAAUGGUCAAAUGCGAGCCCUACAAUGGCAAGCCUGGUUCGAACGGUUAUGGUGCCCAGCCCUUUGAGAUCUCUGUCCACUCCAAUGUUUUGCUCUCUAUGGACUUUCAUGCUCAUCUGAUGACAACCGAAAUUAUUGGAUUUCUGGCAGGCGAAUGGGACAGUGCUCGAAAACAUAUGUGUAUUCGAGAGGCUUACCCCUGUAGAUCGCUCAAUACUGGCCAGAAUGAUGUGAACGUAGAGAUGGACCCAACCAGUGCAAUUGAAACACGCCAGUUAAUUGAAGAAAAGAACAUGACAGUAGUGGGAUGGUAUCAUUCUCAUCCUACAUUUAUUCCAGAUCCUAGUCUGGUUGAUAUUGAAAACCAGAAUAAUUAUCAAGUUUUGUGUCGUGAAACAUGCGACCAUGAACAGGAAGGGCCUUUUAAACAAACAGUUGAACCCUUUGUUGGUGCAAUUGUAGGACCCUACGAUCCACGUUUGCCUGGAUCAGCCUCGGUUAUUAACUGGUUUUGUGUUGGAAAUAGCCCAGAAGAUCGCGGAAUGCCGAAACGAUUGAUUUAUGAACUUGAAGAAGACGAAUGUUUGUCCCAGGAGCACGAGAACCGUAUGUUACAAUUGCUAGAGAUCUACAAAAAAUCUCCCGAAAAGGUUGAUUUUGGAGAUUUUUGGCGUCAAGAUGCAAUGGAGAGCAAGCUAAAGAAGCUUAUUCGCAGUUUGGGAACUCGUAUGCCGUGGGUUCAAAAGAAGUUGAAUCAGAAGAAGGUUCAAGAUGAUGAGACUACUACAGAUACGACUAUGAAUAUGAAUAUGGAUAUCGAUGAACCAAAGUCAGAUAUUCCCAAGAGUGAUACGUCUGUCGAGCCUUUCCUGGAGAAGCUUCAGUCUGUGUUAAUAAGUUGGUGA